AUGCCCGGGGGCCAGGGGGCGCCUGCCUCUCCCCAGGCGGCCGGGAGCGCCCCGGACAGGGUGCCGUCGGGGCCCGCGGCCGGCCCCUCGCCCCAGCUCGCGGCCCCGCGGGAGUCCCCGGCCCCUCGGCGGGGCGCGCUCCGCGCCAGCGUCCCGCAGAAGCUGGCCGAGGCGCUGAGCAGCCAGUACGGGCUGAUCGUGUUCGCGGCGGGGCUGCUGCUCCUGCUGGCCUGGGCCGUGCACGCCUCGGGCGUGGGCAAGAGCGACCUGCUGUGCGUCCUCACGGCGCUCAUGCUGCUGCAGCUGCUCUGGAUGCUGUGGUACGUGGGCCGCAGCGCCGCGCACCGCCGCCUCCUCCGCCCCAAGGACACACACGCCGGCGCGCGCUGGCUCCGCGGUAGCAUGACAUUGUUCGCAGUCAUCACCAUCAUCCUGGGAUGCUUUAAAAUUGGCUACUUCGUUGGAUUCUCUGAAUGUUUAUCAGCCACUGAAGGCGUCUUCCCUGUCACACACGCAGCACAUACUCUGGUCCAGGUGUAUUUUCUUUGGGGGCAUGCCAAGGAUAUCAUCCAGUCUUUCAAAACCCUGGAAAGGUUUGGGGUGAUCCACUCGGUGUUCACUAACCUGCUUCUGUGGACCAAUGGUGUCCUGAAUGAGUCAAAGCACCAACUUAAUGAACAUAAGGAACGUCUCAUCACGCUGGGCUUUGGGAACGUCACAAUAGUCUUGGACGACCACACGCCUCCGUGUAACUGCUCGCUCCCGAUGCUCUGCUCGGCCAUCUCACACGGGAUCUACUACCUCUAUCCCUUCAACAUAGAGUAUCAGAUCCUGGCUUCCAUGAUGCUCUAUGUCCUGUGGAAAAACAUCGGACGCAAAGUUGACGGCCACCAGCAUCAGAGCGUGCGGUUCAAGUUCCGCGGGGUCGUGGCGGGCUCGGUCCUGGGCCUGAGCGUGCUGGCCGCCACGAUCGGGGUCGUGGUGGUGUAUCUGAUUCAGAUCGGGCGCUCCAAAUCCAAGAGCGAGUCGGCACUCAUCAUGUUCUACCUGUAUGCCAUCGCCUUGCUGAUACUCAUGGGGGCCGCCGGGCUGCUUGGCAUCCGGAUUUACAGGGUAGACCAGAAAUCGCUGGAUGAGUCCAGAAGCCCGGCCCGCAAACUGGAUGCCGACCUCUUGGUGGGCACCGCCUCCAGCUCCUCGCUCAUCUCCUGGGGUUCCAUCUUGGCCGUGCUCUGUGCCGAAGCCUGCCCCCCCUACACCUGGUUCAACCUGCCCUACUCUGUCCUGAUGAUUGUGGAGAAAUACGUCCAGAACCUCUUCAUCAUUGAGUCUAUCCACCGAGAGCCGGAGAUGCUGUCUGAGGACGUCAGAACCCUGCGAAUGGUCACCGUCUGCAGCGGCAAUGCCAUGCCCCUCUCCUCUUCCGGCCUCAGGAACGGGGCUGUGGCCGGGGACGCGGCUUCCCCAGGCGGCGAGAUGCUCCGCGGGGCCAACGGAAACACGUGUCUGAGAGAAGGCUGUGGCGGAGAGGGGGGCGAGGGGAGCCGGGGAGGGACCCCGGGCCCCGCCUGCCGCCCCGGUUUCUUGCAGGGCGACGGCAAGAGAAGCGUCUUGAGGAACAUCGCAGCCUUUCUGUUCCUCUGCAAUAUUUCGCUCUGGGUCCCUCCCGCCUUCGGCUGCCGCCCCGAGUACGACAACGGAUUAGAGGAGAUUGUCUUUGGCUUUGAACCCUGGAUCAUUGUGGUCAACCUGGCCAUGCCUUUUUCUAUUUUCUACCGAAUGCACGCAGCUGCCUCUCUCUUUGAGGUCUAUUGUAAGAUAUAGUCUGUGUCCACAUCCAAGCCCGAGGAGUGACCUAACAAGAGAAUUCACUGGAGCCACCUGCGAAUGGCCAGGUUGGGCAAAUAUCGCCUGACAAAUGCACGGAGGGUUCUUUGCGGCAAUUAUUUCCCGUGAGCUGGAAUUGUCUAUCACCCCGGAUGAAUGUGAGCGCGUUAGAUCAACAUCGGUGAGGCGGCUGAGAUCUGGUCUCGGGUAGUGAAUUCUCACCAAACUCAAAUUCUUUUAUCUCCUUUUAUUUAUUUAUUUAUUUUUUUUUUUUGAGAGAGAGAGGGAGCACGAGCGGUAGAGGGAGAGAGAAUCUUUGGCAGGUU